AUUCCUGUUUUUUAGGAAGCUAAUUCUAUCAAAUAUUAAGAUGCGAAUAUUUGUAUAAAAAUGCCUUGGCUAACUUUCCCCUCCCCCUCCUCCUCCCACAGUGCCACCCCAGAGCUGGUUAACUCCCCCACCUCCUCGCAGCAGGACCAGUUGGCUAACGAGGCUCAGGCCAGCGCCACCGUCAGCCUGGACUCCUCCCAGCCCGUCACCAAUAUCCAGAUCAGACUGCAUGACGGAGGCCGGCUGGUGCAGAGGUUCAAUCACACCCACAGGGUGUCGGAUCUGCGGCAGUUUCUGGUGGGGGCCCGGCCCCUCAUGGCAGCCAGCGAAUUCGUCCUGAUGACCACCUUCCCCAACAAGGAGCUGUCGGAUGAGAGCCUGACGCUGGAGCAGGCCAACCUCCUGAACGCCGUCAUCGUGCAGAGGCUAACCUGAGGGGGAGAGUAAGAGCAUCCACCCUCCACACUCCCUCCCCGGGGGGUGUGGCUGAGUUACCUGCUUCUGAGGGAGGGGGAAACAUGGACUUAUGUAUGGACUUCUCAUUUCUGAAUUUUUGUUUUUCUAAAGUGAAACCCCUACUCUCAACCUCCUCCCCCCCUUCUGCGGUGACGGGGGCACUUUAAACCUUCCACUUUGGAACAGCUAAAUUAAGAGCUGUAAGAUAUGCCUACAGAUGCUGUAGGAUGUUCUGAUGGGGGGGUGUUUACUGACAGUGGUAGAUGGUUUAACCCAAACACAGCUUCCUGCACAGAUGUUCACUAAACUUAUUUUUCCUUUGCCCUGCUCCCCAUUUCCCCUCCCCUAUUAAUCUGAAAUUGACCCUUCAGCUCAGUUUACUAUUAGGAGCUGGGGCCUCACCCCACCCUAACCACAUAAGGAGUAUUAGUUUUAUUACAGUAAUGUGGUUUUGUACUAGUUUCCACUUCUCUCCACAUGAGAGAAGUGUAAUAGUGAGAAUACACUGAAGAGAGAUUUUCUUUGACCUAUACCAGUAGCCUUACACUCAUUCACCUGCAGAACCACAACCGUCCCUCUGAUCAAAUUAAGAUUAUUUUUUUAAACUGCCCCCCGCCCCCCUCUUUAUUCCUUUUUAAUUCCUUCACAGACUGUCCCAGUUAGACGGUGGCAUUUUGAUACGGUGUAACAUGAAGAUCUGUUGCGCCUGGCUUUAUGUUCAAACCAAUGGUCGAGCUGAAGAACAUUUAGAUUGUAAACACUGGUUUGUAAAAGUUGAAUUCCUAUGACACUGACAUCUUCUAUGCAUCCUGGGGCAACACGGAAAUAUGUUUGGACCUCUGGUGAAAUAAAUCCAUUUUAUGGUUGAUGUAUGAAGAA